UAUCCCUUGGCCAGCUAUUCUCCUAUUAUUCUUGUGACUAGAUGUGCCACUAAAUCCAAAUGUUUCACCUUAGUAGAUAACUGUAGUCAUGAAGCAGCUGCCCCCGGACACUGUGCGUCUGCUGUCCAGCUCCCAGGUCAUUACCUCUGUGGUGAAUGUUGUCAAAGAGCUGAUCGAGAAUUCCCUGGAUGCUGGAGCUUCAAGCAUUGAUGUUAAACUGGAAAAUUUUGGCCUGGACCGCAUAGAGGUUCGUGAUAACGGGCAAGGAAUCAAAGCUGUAGAUACUCCUGUGAUGGCUGUGAGACAUUUCACCUCAAAGAUCUGCAGACAUGAAGACCUGGAGCAUCUGGAAACGUACGGCUUCAGAGGGGAGGCGCUGGGUUCCAUUUGCGCCGUGGCUGAGGUGGCUGUUACCACAAAGACAGAGGAGGAUGAAAUCAGCACCCAGUACACGAUGGACUUGACAGGGAAAAUUGUUUCCCAGAAGCCGUCUCAUUUAGGCCAAGGGACGACAGUGAGUGUAAUGAAACUUUUUAAGAACCUUCCAGUGAGACGUCAGUGUUUCUCUUCUACCAAGAAGUGCAAAGAGGAGCUGAAGAAGGUGCAGGAUCUGCUGAUGGCCUACGCCAUUAUCAAACCGGAGCUGAGACUCAUGCUCGUUCACAAUAAGAUUCUUUUGGAGGGCUUUUUCCCAAAGCCUGGAUCUGAUUACUCCUCUACGAGCACAUCUAACCCUGACAAAACAUUUAUAUUUGUCAACAACCGGCCAGUCCAGCACAAAGAAAUAAUGAAGCUGUUGCGUCAGCACUAUACUGCUCAGUAUGCAGACGACCAAGCCAGAAAUCGGUAUCCCACCCUUAUGCUUAAAAUUUCUGUUCCACCUUCAUCGGUGGACGUUAAUCUGACGCCAGACAAGACUCAGGUUCUUCUUCAUAACAAGGAGACUGUAUUGACUGCAGUAGAGGCAUUGCUGGUUUCUCUCUAUGGAUUUCGGCCUAACGCUGAUCUCCCAGCUGACAAACACCUCAGCUCUGAGCCAUUUCCUUCGCCAUCUAGUCCUUUGCAGGCUGACAGUGAACGAAAUGCAGAGAAUAGUCACAGCAAUGAUAGUGUCCCCAGAGAUGGACCCAAACAAUCGAGUGCUGACACCUCGCUGGACCGCCAGGCCUCAAACUGCAGCUCCUCUUCUUCUAUAGCAGAUGACUGGAUUGUAAACCAGAUUCCAGCUGAUCUUGAGUCUAACUUUUCUCUUUAUGAUGAUGAAAUGUCUCAGACGGUGACAAAGCCAGCAAGCAAAUCCCUGGAGAGACUUGUGGACAAUAAAAUGACAUCUGCAACUAUAAGCAAAGUCCAAAUUUCAGCUGAGGACUGGAGCCGGGGGACCGCUCUUACUGACCCGGUAUCAGGAGAACCCCUGCAGCCUGUCAUAAUUCAUCAACCUACAAAGCAGAAUCACUCUGUCCCAGAUGAGGCCAAGAGUGAGAGCAGCUCAAGCAAAAAGACAUUAAAUGCCAUCACGGAGAAGCGAGCUGCCCUGACAGCCUAUGACAUGAUCAGCAACCGCACCAUGAGGGCACCGCUGUCUCCUGUUGCUAUUUUUGAGAAGGAAGCCAGAGCUGAGGUCCUGAGAGAGAAACCCACAGCCAGCCUGCAGGACAUCAGCGUCGCUAUCCACGAGAGGUGGAAAAAUCUGAGGGAGGAAGACCGUAAGAAGUAUGAAGAGAAGGCAAAAAAACACCUGGAACAUCAUGAACAAAGGACUAAGUUGGCCUCAGCUGAGGGCCCCAGAGAGCCUGGUGUGAGGAGCCAUAUGCAGGGUCAGAAACGUAAGGCCCCGCUGUCCAACCAGCAGCUGCUGGACGAGCUCUUCGCCGCUCAGCCUCAGAAGAAGAUGAAGAACCCUGCUCCUAAGCCCUCACAGCCCCUCCCCUGCAGCGUGGCUGCCCUGCGGCUGCAGCUUCAGCGCCUCUCAUCCCAGAGCAGCGCAGCGCCGCAGGGCCUCCGUCUUGUAAACCGGCUGGCCUCUCAGAGCGCCUGGGUCAUUUUAUGUGGUCAGAGGCUCAUGUUGUUAAACCCAUUUCGAGUGGAGGAAGCUUUGCUGUUUAAGAGACUUCUAGAGAAUAAUAUACUUCCAGCAGCGAGUCUGCAGAACCCUAUACAGUUAACAGAUGGAAGCCUUGGAGGGGCUGAAUACACAGAGGCUUUGUGCAGCAUGGAGAAACAAAGCCCGGAGCUGAAUGGAGCCGCCUUCUUUUCUGAUCCUAGGCUUGUGGCAAAUGGUUUUAAAGUCAAACUCACUCCAGGCGUCACAUCAGCUGAGAGACAUCUGGAAGUGACAGCAAUGGCAGACUGCGUGCCUUUCCUCGGUGUGGAGGACCUCAGGGAGAUCCUGACUGCAGUUCUUCACAAGAAAGCCAGAACUGUGCGGGAGUGUAGGCCAUUGAAAGUCACAAACUAUCUACAAGGUGAAGCAGUCCGACUUACCCGGCAGCUGCCUACAAAUUUAUCUAGAGAAGAUGUGAAGGAAACCCUCCUGCGGAUGGAACAGCAGCUGGGUGGCGCCAACCACACCUGCAUCCAUGGACGCCCUUUUCUUCAGCACCUAACUGACAUUCCUACGACAGAACAGGAAGUGAAGGCUUUGCUGAGACCUUUAGAGCUCUAACAAACUGACAAUAUCUAUAAAAUUGCUGUUUCAUUAUAAUGUAGAUGAGUGUUCUCAAUUUGUUAUAACCAGAAUACAUAAACAUAUUUUUCCCAAUUUCUGGGCUUUGGGCAA